AUGCCCGGCUUAUGGUCAGAAACAAAUAUUCGUACACUUACAAGUAUCCAUAGACAAAUUCCACAAGAUGUAAAUAAAAUAUAUGCUUUGAUUAAGAAUGGACCUAUUGAGCGUGGUCUUAGAUCUUUACAAAUCGAUAUCGCUUUAUUUCCUCCUCAAGUUUUUCCAGAACUGGCAAAUAUACCACUAUUUUUACAGGAAGCACAUGAUAAAGCGAAAAGAAAUGGAUCGAUUUCGACAUUAGAAGAAUUUCAAAGAAUUUUAAAUAAUUAUUCAUCUUAUGCUGAAUUGAACUGUCAGGCAACUCUACUUGAUAUAUAUACAUGGCCACUCCAGAUCGAUCCAUCUGCUCUAAACGAUAUUAGUCAAGAAACAUUAAAACUUAUUUUAAAAUUAUCUCAAGAGAAUGCAUUAUUUUAUCGCGAUUUCAAGUUACCCAUUAUUUCUUUUCUUCAACUCUAUGAAAAUUCAGAUGAUCAUAAUGAAAUUCUUUGUUCACUCAUUGUAUCAAUUGCACUUAGCAGUACUUUUAUUGUUACAGCAUCACCGGAACGACAAACAUCUGUCCGUGUUUACGAGUACGAGAACUUUGCCGAUAUCGAUCUGGGUGCUAUCCGUCGAUCAUAA